AUGUGGGCGGACCAUCCUCGCCGUCUCGUUUUUUGGGAUCGGGUUUAUAUUAUAGGAGAGGAUGCCAAUGAGGAUGAAAAUGAGAGUAACGAGUCCUCCAAAGACAUUGACAUCCGAAACAAUGCUAGCUCGUUAGUGCAUGAGUAUAUGUCUAGCCUAUUGGUCAAUGUAAAGUUUGCUGAAUCUUUCCCCGACGUUGUCAUCAAAACCUUCCAUCGAUCUUAUCAGUGGCGCGUACGCGUCUCGGUGCUCAAAUUCAUACAAGUUUUGGUGUUCUCAAUUAUUUAUGUACUAGAGAAUUAUUCUGCCCCUACUAAUGUGAUGCAACUGCUAUUUGAGGCCUUAAAAGAUAGACAGGUAGAAGUACGUCUUGAAGCAUCUCGUUGUUUGCUAACUUUGAUUUUCUGCGAUUUUGCUAAAUCGAUAAAAAACUCCAGGAUAAAAUCGAUUCAUACUAUAAGAGCAAGAUUCGAUGUACAUUGCAUGGUGCUGUACUAG